AUGUCAGCAGAACCUCCAAGAAAACGCGCAAAACUAGCAUGUGUGACCUGCAACGCGCGCCGUGUAAAAUGCGAUGUAACCGAUCGACAACCAUGCAGCAAUUGUGCUGCUGCGGGGGAUGUUGUGUGCGAGACGCGCGAGUCAAAGCGCGGGAAGCACCCGAGGAAGCCCAAAGUGAGAGUUGAGGAGCGGGAUGUAAACUCUCAGACUGCAUCGACGACUCCCGAACGCCACGCAGACGAAGUCGCUGCAUCACACGUUCUGGCCUCACUUUCUUCCAACUUUCAUAGUCCUGCGGAUACUCACAACACUGCGCACACAAAUGAGUAUUCGUUUGCUACUCCUGCAGGACAAACAGAGUUUCAUGGCACAUUAUCGAAGACAGAGACGCCACGCUCAGAAGAUGAUACCGCUGUGUUCCUGGGUGAAUCUAGCUCACUGAGAUACGUGACGGACGAACAAACACCGGUUCCAAGGCCAAAUCGCCCCCGAUUACGCCAUGCCGUACCGAAUGCGGUCAAAGCGGAUGCCCUAGUACCUCAGUGGGAGGCUGAGCGACGACGCGCGAGGAUGGAAGCACUUCAGGCCGAAGGCACCUUUUCAUUCCCACCCAAUCCAGUACGAAUGGAGCUCCUGAAAGCGUACUUUGAAUGGUUUCAUCCUCACUUUGCCAUCCUAGAUGAAACAGACUUUUGGGCCUCGCACCAAGGAGGGAACGCAUCGCCUCUUCUACUCCAGGCCAUGUUGUUCAUCGGCGUGAUACACUGCGAAGAAUCCACGAUUACCACAUUAGGAUGGGGAAAUCGACAUCGAGCUAAAUGGCUGUUCUAUAUCCGAGCUAAAGAUAUAUACGAUGCUACGUACGAAACAAACAAAAUCACAGUCAUUCAAGCGCUGUUCUUGAUGAGCUUUUGGCGCGCAGGUGCUCUCCUCGAGAAGGACGCACGCCACUGGCUUGGAACAGCAAUCAGUCUUGCGCAGACCAGAGCUUUUCACCGCUCGGCAUCCGAAUCCCAAGAGCAACUGGCAAAACUCAAAAGACGUAUAUGGUGGGCGAUCUACGUCCGCGAACGACAGUGUGGAUCCGCCCUCGGCCUGCCAAACCGUAUUCGUGACAAAGAUUGCGACGUCGAGCCUCUUUCAGCCCCAGACUUUGCUUCAGCAUACAGCCCAUCGACAUCAACCGAGGACGUCCAUCGCUACAUAGCAUACUCCAUCGGCAUCAUGCAGCUCGCAAUAUUCAUCGGGAAAAUCGUCGAUGCAGGGUACCUUCCAAACCGCACUCCACGAUCAACUGAUCGAGCCCAAAUUCGCGACCAACUCUACAAAUGGAAGCAAGACCUUCCAUCUGUCAUGCUUCUUGGCGAUCAGCCGAGUUUCCAAGCCAAUAUGCUGCAUCUUGCGUACAACAAUCUGCUCAUUCUGCUCUACCGCACUAGUUUCGUCACCACUGAAGAAAACAAUAGCGCCGGUACCGAAAACGACGGGAAUAUUGCGCUCCAGGCCGCAGCGCGUAACUCUCGGAUUGUGGAGGACAUGCUUCCCAGCGGAAACAUCGGACACGCACAGAUGCACGUUAUCACCAAUCUCUUCAACACGCUUUGCAUACAUGUUGCGCAUCUCAGAAACUCCACUGGCAUCAAUAGGACGCUUGCUGAGCACCGGGCAAAACUUUGUUUGCUCGGCUUGCAAGAGCUGCAAAAGACGUGGGAAGUUACGAAUUGGGUGCUGCAAAUGUUCUUCCAAUAUCUGGACCGUUCGACGGCCGCGCGUCUGGCGAUGGAGGCUGAUGAUGUCGGCAUUUCAAGUGCUGCGAGUCAGGGCGCGAUUGUCGUACCUCCACUGAUACAUGUGGCCCACCAAGCGGUACCAGAUGAUGCGAAUGCUGGUGUCGAACUACCGGGUGUACAAAAUGAUCCUGACACUUCCGAGAUGAUUCAAACGCCGUGGUCAUGGACUACAGACGAAGCGAACCAAUAUAUUUUCUCGCAAAUCGAGAAUGACUUUGCAUUUGGAGAAGGCGGUCUGCUGCGAUGGAGUCCGGGUGAGGUGCUCCAUAGCGGCUCAUUAACGGAUUUUGGAUAUAUCGGAUUAGACGCAGAGGAUUGA